AAUGUCAUAUUUAGGCUAUCAUCAAAAAAACGAAAGUUGGUACUCUACUUGGUUAUUAUUCUCAAGGAAUUGCUUAGCUAAUGAUAGGUUUCAAAAGGAUUCAAUGGAAGACAAGGACAGGUUAGCGGAAACAGACCGACUCGAAAGGGGCCUGCUACUGGACUCCGAUCAGUUCAACGGCGACGAUGACGAGCUGCCGCCCCUCUACACGGCGUCGUUUUCCGAAUCCGAAGAGAAUUUCUUGAAAUACCAGACGGCGCGGUGGCUUCUCUACUCGCUGCUGCUAAUACUCGCGUGGGGCAUCGGCUUGUUCAUGCUCAUUUAUCUGCCUCUGCGCCGCUACAUUUUGCUCAACGAUAUCCGCUCUCGGAAGCUCUACCUCACCGCCGAUUCAAUUGUGUAUAAAGUAAGAAGACCGGUGUCGUUUCCAUGUUUCGGGGUUCUGAAGAAGGAGAAGCAUGUCUUACUGCUCUCAGUGGCUGAUGUUGUGAUAGAACAGGGAUAUCUGCAGUCCCUUUUCGGAGUAUACUCUAUUAGAAUAGAGAAUGUUGGGGUGAGAAGGCCUCCAAGUGAUGAUGUUCAAAUACAAGGAAUUACCGAUCCUCAUGCUUUCCGGGAGGCUGUUCUAUCACAACUGUCCAUCAUGAGAGGCGAGGCGUUCUCCAGAAAAAUUUCUGCUCCCGAUGAUACUCCAGCUCCAUGUAUGGGUCGUUCUCCAAUUGCUUCGGUGUCUCCUUCAAAAUUUAGGCAUGAUUCUUUAUCUAUACCUCGCCUCGGUGAGGUGGCGAUUUUGCAGAAAUUAGAGGAGGUUGGCAGUUCAGUGAAGAGAGUCCAAACCUUGAUCGAAGAGCAGAAGCUUCAAGAAUGGGAAAUUGCAGAAUGAAACUUGAGUUGAACCCCCCUCUAUACUGCCAGUAUAUGCAAAGAGUCUUUCAGUAGUUGAGUUGCUACUACAGUGUAUAUGUUCAGAAAGCUAACACCUGAGGAUGAUGAACCAGGCAUCGGCUGUAGUUGAGUUGCUACUACAGUGUAAACUGCAAUACUAAUAUGCUGUGUUCUUGUAUAUUUAAAUCAUAGUAAAUUAUAUCUAUAUGUACUAUUCAUACACCAUGUUCUAUAA